CUUCGUGGAUUACUGACAGACGCUGCGAAGCCUCGACACAGAAGGACACAUCACUAACAGGAGAAGCUCACUGUGCUCUGUGGAGAAAGGCCUCAAAGUGAUGACUUUUAUAGAAUGAGCUACAUAAAAAAAUGAGGGGAAAAGGCAGAAUUCCCCUCACAGACAGAAUGAAAGCAGAGCAAGAGGAGGAACUGUCUCCUUUCAUGGAAAACGAGCGACGACACAAACUACUGUAUGCUGCUUUUAACCCUGAAGUCCGACUGAACAGAUUAGAUGUCCAGCAGCUGUUGGUUAAACAAGAGGUCCCGCCUGAGUGGAGCCCCAGCCUGGACCAGGAGGACCCAGAGCUCCUCCAGAUUAAAGGGGAACAAGAAGAACUCCGGAUCAGUCCAGAGGGAGAGCAGCAUAAUGGUCUGGAGGAGGCCGAUAUCACCAGGUUUCCAUUCACUGUGGUUAUUGUGAAGUGUGAAGAUGAAGAAGAGAAAUGUGAGAGCUCACUGCUUCAUCACAGCCAAGCGGAGGACAACAGAGAGGCAGAGCGUCCAGCCAGCAGCUCAGCUGUGCAGAUAAAACCAGAAACUGGUGGAGAGGACUGUGGAGGAUCAGAACUAGCCAGGAAGAGAGAGCCAGACAGUCAUUCACAACCAAACACUGAUGAUGAAAAGACUUCAGUCUCUCAAAACCCUUUGUCAGAUUCUGAACCUGAACCUGAAGACAGUGAUGAUGAUUGUAUGGAGACCAGGUCAAGUGAGUCUGCUGUGAAUGCUUUGGAAGAUGAGGAAGCUCCUGUAAGUGAUGUGACAUCUAACACUGUGAAAAAGUCCUUUAGCCUCACUAGCAGCUUGGAUAGUAAAAAAUGUUUUACAGUGAAACAAAAGUCAAACACCCAGACCAGAGUCCACAUAGGAGAGAAACCAUUUGGUUGUGAUGAAUGUGGGAAAAGAUUUGCAGAAAAGCGAAGUCUGAACAGACAUCUAAAAGAACACACAGGAGAGAAACCAUUUGGUUGUGAUGAUUGUGGGAAAAUAUUUGCACGGCAGUGCAACCUGAAGUCUCACAUGACAGUCCACACAGGAGAGAAAGGAUUUAGUUGUGAUGAUUGUGGGAAAAGAUUUACACGUCAGGCAAAUCUGAAUUCACACAUGAGAAGUCACACAGGAGAGAAACCAUUUGGUUGUGAUGAUUGUGGGAAAAGAUUUACACUGCAGUGCAACCUGAAGUCACACAUGACAGCCCACACAGGAGAGAAAGGAUUUAAUUGUGAUGAUUGUGGGAAAAGAUUUACACAUCAGGGAAAUCUGAAGAAACAUAUGAGAGUUCACACAGGAGAGAAACCAUUUAGUUGUGAUGAUUGUGGGAAAAGGUUUACAGAAAACGGAAGUCUUAAGAGACACCUGAGAGGUCACACAGGAGAGAAACCAUUUGGUUGUGACGAUUGUGGGAAAACACUCACAGAACUGGAACAUCUGAAGACACAUAAGAGAGUUCACACAGGAGAGAAACCAUUUGGUUGUGAUGAUUGUGGGAAAAGAUUUACAGAAAAUGGAAAUCUUAAGAGACACAUGAGAGGGCACAAAGGAGAGAAACCAUUUGGUUGUGAUUACUGUGGGAAAAGGUUCACAGAACUGGGGCAUCUGAAUACACAUAUGAGAGUUCACACAGGAGAGAUACCAUUUGGUUGUGAUGAAUGCGGUAAAAGAUUUAAGUGGAAACUAAGUUUAAAUCGACACCUGAAAGUCCACAAAGAAUAGAAAUCUUUCUAUUCAGUUUUUUGUUGAAGGCAAAUGAAGUAAAUGUGUUGGUAAGAGCCUGAACAGCUUUCAUUCUUUUUAUUCUUCCAUGUUUUCUUUUUUCUCUCUUGUGUUUGUUUUAAAAAUAUACAAAAUGUUUCAAAUUAAUGUGUCAAAGUUGUUUGUAAAUGAGAGGGGAUGGAAUGGUGUUUUUAAAUCUCUGUCUUUUAUUGAUACUUUGUUUGAUACUAAACAACUUACAUUAACAGCUCCCAUGCUUUUUUUCUAUGGUGUUCUUGAAAUAAGCUGUAUGUGACUGCAUACUCUCUAACUGAUGGUUAACAGCGGGGAAGUGCAUUAUGUAGUUUCCACUUUUAAUUAAAUUCUACUGUAACCUA